GCCCUCAAAAUGUUCGCGUGGGAGGGGCAACCUCGAUGUAUCGUGUGCCACAGACAUCCAGAUCCAGAUACCGCAGCCAUCCCAGCCAGUUCCAGGUUCAGCAACGAGCCACCCAUAGAAUCCAAGCAUUCAACUCCACUGUGUGAACUAUGUCCCCACUCCGAGCUAUCCGGGCCCGCGACAGCACAUCCAGCACCAUCGGCAAUCAUCAUGACCAGACCACCACCUACCCUCACACAUCACCACUCCACACGCCACCCCACCCCCACAGCACCGUCACCAUCACCACCUCACUCGCCUUACGCUUCACUCAUCCGCGCCCGAAGUAGUCAUCGCACGCAUUUCAUUAUUUCGUAA